CACGCAACGUUGCACCACGCGCCUUGAGGCGCGCCGUUGUCUUGGGGCCGUAACCUGAAACGUUCCACUUCGGCGAUAUUUCUUUCUCGCUUUCAGGCGCGAGAUGAUUGGCUGUUUUAGCAAAAUUGGAUGAGCUGAUUGGCUGCUUAACCCGACGUCAUUAAAUUUUGCUCAACCAGCCAAUCAGCGCGCGCCUGAAAGCGAAAAAGAAAUAUCGCUGAAGUGGAACGUUUCAGAAUACGGCCACUGGAUACACGCGGUGGUCUCAUUAAUUUUCACCUGCGAUGAAGGAAAGCUGUAAUACCGUGUGAAGAUAAAUACAUACCGGAAAGAGCUUGUGAGCGCCGGUCAAAUACAUAUGGCUCCGUCCAGGAACGCCGUACCCGACAGGUGGCCGGACUACACAGACCACGGCAGCAUCGUUCCUGGGACCCGAUUCGUACCUUUCAAGGUGCCGCUUCGCGAAGCUAUAUGUUCGAGCCUUCCAAGUAACAUGCGGUUCACGCCGGAACGUUUGCUUCAGCAAGUACAGGGCCUAGGCCUCGUCAUCGAUUUGACGAACACGGAUCGCUACUACGACCCCAACUGCAUGGUCUCCCGCGGCGUCGCCCACACCAAGAUCAUGUGCCCCGGUGCUCGUGUUGCUCGUGUACCCAACGCGCAAGUCGUGAAGUCGUUCUUCGCAGCCGUCGGCGAAUUCGUCGCGGAGCCAGACAACGAUGGCAAGCUUGUAGGGGUUCACUGCACGCACGGCGUCAACAGGACCGGAUACGUGGUGUGCAGGUACAUGGUCGACAAGCUUGGCAUAGCGCCCGCAACGGCCAUUGAAAGUUUCCAGAAGGCCCGGGGUCACGUUUUCGACAGGCAAGAGUACGUCAGCGACCUGCGAGCGAGAAGUCGGCAAUUGCCGAAGUAGCGCGCGAACUGCCAACAGACCGCAGUGUCAGCGAUGUUUUUUCUUAUUUUUAUUUUAUUUUUUAUUUUUUAGAAACUGGCUUUUUAAAUUGCUUCAUGUUGCUAAACACUUUGUGUGUGUGUGAUUGCUUACCGUGGACGAUGAAA